AUCAACUGAAACAUGAGAGAGAUCUCCCAUCUUGAAUAUACCACUCUGUGCUGUUUAGGGUUGGAGGCAUAUAUAAUUAACAAGGCUACCUGCCCAUUCUCUUGGGUCUUUCUUAAUUCAGCCACUAAUACUUCUUCCCUCACUGAACUCUUUGUGUGAGUUUCUUAUUGAAAUUUGAGUCAAACUUAGAAUCUGAGACACAGUUUUGAAGCUAAGAAAGAUGGAUGAAGGAGAAAUCAUCACACAUACUGCUUUCCCUCAGAACCUAACUGCUUCUGCUGCAUCUAAUGAUCAUAACAAACCUCCUUCUGCUUUGAGGAGGAAAAGAAACCUCCCAGGAAACCCAGAUCCUGAAGCAGAAGUCAUAGCCUUAUCACCAAAGACCCUGAUGGCUACGAACAGAUUCUUGUGUGAAACUUGUGGGAAGGGUUUCCAAAGGGAUCAAAAUCUCCAACUCCAUCGACGUGGACACAACCUUCCAUGGAAGCUUAAACAGAGAACGGGUAAAGAAGCAAGAAAAAGGGUUUAUGUGUGUCCUGAGAAGAGUUGUGUCCACCACGACCCUUCAAGGGCUCUUGGAGACUUAACUGGGAUUAAAAAGCACUUCUGCAGAAAGCACGGUGAAAAGAAGUGGAAGUGCGAGAAGUGCUCGAAGCGUUAUGCUGUGCAGUCAGAUUGGAAAGCACACUCCAAGACCUGUGGCACUAGAGAAUAUAAAUGUGAUUGUGGAACUAUCUUUUCAAGGAGAGACAGCUUCAUCACACACAGGGCCUUCUGUGAUGCAUUGGCAGAAGAAACGGCUAGGGUAAAUGCAGCCUCAGACAUAAACACAUCCUUAGGGGGCAACAACAUUGGUUACAACAUAAUGGGAACAUCCCUAGGCCCUAAUAUGGCAACCCAUUUCCCUUCAAUUUUCAAGCCAGUUUCAAGCACUGAUGAAACAAGUAACCAAACCUCAAGGGGACUACCCCUUUGGAUGAGUCAAAUAACAUCUUCUCAGGCUCAAGAAAGAAUAAUGGUCAACACAAAUUUGCGUGAGAUUCAUCAACUUGGUUCUGCCACAAGCUCAUCAUCAGGAACAAUAUAUGAUGGCAACUCAAUUCUCCAAUGCCCAAAUCUUCCACCUUCUAAUAACUAUCAACUAAGUUGGGUGUUUGGAACUAAAAUUUCCAAUAACAGUAACAACCAAGAGUUAACAACUAGCACUACUACUUCACUUCCUCUAGGAAACACAAGUGCCAUUCCUUCUUGGUAUAGUUCCCAACACCAACCUCAACAUCAACAAGCAUGUCCAUCAGCAAACAUGUCAGCCACAGCUUUGUUGCAAAAAGCUGCUCAAAUUGGAGCAACCUCAAGUGACCCUUCAUGGCUUGGGAGCUUAGGUUUGAAAUGUGGUAACAAUAGCCAAGGUCAAGAUGGUAAUAAUAAUAAGUAUAGUGGCAUGUACGGAUCAAGCUUGGUGCUCACAACCACUCUUGGGAGUGAAGCAGAUAACUCUGGAUGUGAAUUGUCACAAAUGCACCCUCACAAACGAAGACACGUGCUCAAUGAAGAAAGUGGAGGGGGGCAAACUAGGGAUUUCCUUGGUGUUGGUGUGCAAAACCAUUUUCCACACUUCAUCAACCAAGGGGUGGACUUGAUUUGAAGAUAUGGGUUCAAUGAAAAAUGAUUUUUUCCACACUCAUUUGAGAAUGUACACUUUGGAAGGAGGACCAAGAGAGUGAUAAUGUGAUGAAGAAAAGGAAAGAAGAGAUAGGCAAAUGUGUAAGUAAAUUAAUUAAGUGUAAAAUUGGAGUGUGAAAAAAUCUUUUAAGUUGAUAUUUAAUUGUGAAAUUUAAAUUAAAUGUCUUUCUUUUCUGUAUA